AUGGGCAUUGUUCCUUUGACAGCAAAUGAAUUAUUCAACUGGAAUAAUAUUAUCAUUAUUGGAUGGCUUGCAUUAAUCUUUGCACCAUUUCGAAAAUUAUCAAAAUAUUUUAUUCUAUUACCAGCAUUAUUUCUAUCAAUAAUAUAUAGUUUGAUAUUAUUUAAAACAGUAUUUUUAAGAGAAAAAAAUAGUCCACCAUUAGAUUUUUUUCAUUUAUCAGGAUGGAUGACUUUAUUAAAAGAUCCUUCAAUGAUUGUUGGUACAACGAGUCAUUUUUGUAUUAUGGAUUUAUGGGUUGGUAAAUGGAUAGUCUAUGAUUUUUAUAGUAAAUAUACUUAUGGAUAUAGUAUUACUCGUAAUUCAAAUGGUACAUAUGCAAUUAAUAAAUCAUGGACAUAUCAAAGAAUUCUAUUUACUAUUAUACUUCUCUUAAGUUAUAUGGUUGCACUACUUGGAUUUUUAGUUUAUAAUAUAGCAAAAUAUUCAUUUUUAAAAAAAUAUAAAACUCAACAUCGAAUUGAUGUUGAAAAUGAACAAGGUUACAUUGAAAGAAUAGGUAUUAAUCAACAACAUAGUGAUUUAUUAAAUCCUCAUUCUGUUCGAUUUGGUGAUAAACUUCCAUCACCAUUACGUAAAAUUUAUCAUUUUAUAAUCGGUAUUUUUGGAUUAAUUGUCUUAUUUACUCUUGUUCUCCCAGCUUAUAUUGGUUUAGUAAUUUAUUGUCGAAUUAUUUAUCGAAAGUCAUCAUCAUCUUCUUCUAUUCAUCAGUCAGAUAUCGUUCCAAAUAAGUUAAUUCCUGAAUUUGUUCGUAAUGUAACAGCCAAUAUGAAAUUUACAUCAUUUACUACACCGAUAAAUAAAAGGAAUUGGUUUUGGUAUUUAAAAUUUCUAUUAUUACAAAUAGCAACAUUUAUUGAAUAUAUUCCCAAUUCCUUUAAUCCACAUGUAUUAUUUCAAUCAUUAGAAGAUUAUUUUACAAAAAUAUAUGAUGUACCUUAUUAUGCAUUUGGUGAUGGUAUUGGCAUUAAUUCCUAUGAUUUAUUAAAACGAUAUUUACAAGAUAUUCCUCCACGUAAAGAUUUUGAAUCAUUAGGUUGGAAAGUAUCAUCAUCUCAAGCCACAUUUUGUGAUUUUACAACAAUUUUUCUUUCAUCAGACAAUCCUGAUAUGGCAUUAGGUCGUCAGAUUAUAUUUAAAUGGUUACACGCUUUAGCGACGUUCGCAUAUUACGUAGGGGGAGUUUGA